AUGCAGUCAAGGAAAAUUCGUUGGAUUAUUCAAGUCGAAGAUAAUCCAUGGCAAGGUGAGACCGUCGAAGAACAAAUUUCUAGCAUCAAAGAUGAGCGGGAAGACGUACAGAAGAAAACAUUUGCCAAAUGGAUAAAUUCACAGUUACUUAAGAAUCAUCACGAACCGAUUUCCGAUUUAUUCGUCGACCUGAGAGAUGGAAAUCGAUUGCUGUCGCUUUUGGAAGUCCUCACGUCGAAAGUCUACAAAAGGGAACGUGGUCGAAUGAGAGUUCAUCAUCUGAACAACGUUAACAAAGCAUUGCAAAUUCUUGAACAAAAUAACGUGAAACUCGUAAAUAUUAGCAGCAACGAUAUCGUUGACGGGAAUCCUAAGCUAACACUCGGAUUAGUAUGGAGUAUUAUCCUUCACUGGCAGGUACAUUACCAUUUGAAAGAUUUAAUGACAGAGCUGCAGCAGACGAAUUUGGAGAAAACCCUUUUAGCGUGGUGUCGUCAGAAUUCGCAGAAUUAUCCUGGAGUUGAUAUUAAAAAUUUCACGACAUCCUGGUCGGAUGGUCUGGCGUUCAACGCGAUUCUGCACAAAUGGAAACCUCAUUUGUUCGAUUUUAACAACAUAUCGCGUAAACAUCCGAACGCUAGACUAGAUCACGCGUUUCGUAUCGCUCAGGAACAGUUGGGUAUCGAACGUUUGUUGGAUCCAGAAGAUGUGAACACAUCUGUGCCAGAUAAAAAGUCAAUAAUGAUGUACGUUAUGUGCCUGUUCCAAUCGUUACCUCAUUCCGGAGAUGAUAUAGGCGAGCUAGAUCUUUCUGUAGCGAGCGACGGUAGUCCGGUUACAACACCAGGAGCAGAGAAUUAUUUGCAGAAUACGUUAUCUUUCACAAAUUUCGGAACGCCGACGUCACGGCCGAUGAGUCUAGCAACGAACGUAUCGGUGGAACUUGGUGGUUACCAGGUUGCACUCGAGGAAGUUUUAACCUGGCUUCUGGAGGCAGAGGAUAAAUUAAAUCACGCUCCAGAGCCUGGGUCGAGCUUGGAGAUAUUGAAGCAACAAUUUCACGAACACGAGACAUUUUUGAUGGAGCUGUCCGGACACCAGGAUGGAGUCGGUGCUGUGUUGGAGGAAGGUGCGAGAUUAUUAGCCGAAGGUGGUUUGCAUAAAGACGAGGAGCACGAAGUUCGUGUUCAAAUGUCGUUGCUGAACUCUCGAUGGGAAGGUCUUCGAAUGCGUGCAAUGGAAAGACAAACGAAAAUUCACGAGGUUCUUAUGCAAAUGCAGCAAGGCCAGCUAGAUGCGUUGCGGCAGUGGUUAACAAGGACAGAAGACAGGAUUUCGCUAAUGGCGGCGAUUGAAUUGAAUCAAUCUGCCUUAGAUGAGCAACUUAAACAAUUAAACGAACUGGAACAAGAUAUCGAGGCGCAACAAGGAGUUGUCGAUGGUAUGAGGAACAUGGUGGUUGUUGUGGAUGAAGAAAACUCCGAGGCGGUUUAUGCUCAAAUGGAAGAUCAAUUAUCUGCCCUUGGAGAACGAUGGACCCAUAUUUGUCAGUGGAAGGAAGAAAGGAGGCAACGUUUGCUAGCGUUUUCCGCGCUUUGGCAGAGUGUCAACGACGAUUACAAGAGAUUAGUAUCGUGGUUGAAUGAAACUGAAAUCACGUUGAAACAGAUGGAGGCAAAUCCGGCAUCCGAGCUCGGUGAAGUACUCGAGAGAAUAAAAAAGUUACAACUUUUGAAAAUAGAAAUGGACGCAAAUCAAAGGAAGUUAACGUCGUUGCAAGAAUCGGUCCAAGAAUUUGAAGGCCAAAGCACUUCGUCAGAGUGUAUUAGUAUAUUAGAGAAGAUCGAGUAUCUGCAGGAUCGAUGGGAAGCUGUGGGGCAAAUAAUGGAAGUACAGUCACAAAGGAUAACUAGUUCGGGAUUUGAAUUCGAUCUAAAGUCCGAGAGGGAAACCACAGUGAUUACAGGCAACGAUUGGAUGACUGAAACAGUAACGAGCAUCGCUUAUAAAGAAGAAAUCGCUGCAACGUCUACACCACAUAGCGAUUCCAAGAAACGUCGUGUGGAUAGCACAUUUAGGCAUGAAUUCGAAUCUGCAUUACAUAAUCUAUACAAAUGGCUCGAUUAUGUUGAUUUGGAAAUCGGACGAUCUGAGGGAGUGUUCGAUGAAUUAAGCGUUGAAGAGAAAAAAGUAGUUUACAAUGAUACAAUAGCUGAUAUAGAAGCACACAGGGAUGAUUAUAAUAGAGUUUUGGAAUUGGGAAAACAGCUUCUUGGUGAAUUGAAGAAUGCUAAUGAAUCAAUCGAAGGAGAAGAAUCGAAACUUAAAGACAUACAGAAUUGUUGGAUGGCGACAAAUAAUCGGCUUGAAGAAAUAAAGACUCGUAUAGAAUAUCUGGAAGAAGUGAAAAGAUUUCGAACGGAAUUGGCUAGUUUAAAUUUAAUGUUGGACAGCUAUUCUAAAUGGUUCGACUCGAAUAAAGGAAACGGUCAAGUGGAACCGUUUAGGGUAAAAUUGAAGUCGAUGAAGUCUCACGAAGAACGUAUUAAAAAGUUAUUAGAAAAAGCCAAAGAAUUAUCAGAAAAUCAAACUGGUAUCAAUGAAACUGUUAAUGUAAAUGCAGAUAUACAAACGUUUGUUUGUAGCUGGGAAAAGUUGUAUAAAAUACUAUCCGAAAGGUUAGCUGAAUUAAAUGAUGCUGUUGAUAAAACACCACCAAAGAAAUACACAGAUGCAGUUGCCAGUCUCACUUCUUUUAUUAAUAACGUGGAAAGCAUGUUAUUAUCGGAACAUAUCGUGAUGUCAGAUGACAAGACAAUGACGGAACAAUUAAAAAAGUUUAGCGACCUGCAAAAUUCUUUAAAGGAACAUCAAGAGGUUUUUAAUUAUGUAAAUAGUGUUGGACAUGAACUAAUAAUGAAAACUGGCGGAGAUUCGCAGGGGCAAAGGCACAAAGAUGUACUGCAAGAUCUUAAUACCAAAUGGAGCGACAUUCCUAUAAUAUUAGAAGAACGUCAACAGAACCUUUUAAAAGACAUGCAGUCUUUAAAGAUAUUUAAUAACGAACUUUCGGAUCUUGAAAACUGGCUUGAGAAAUCGUAUCGAUAUCUAGAAGAAUUGUCGAAAGAUUGUACAUCAAAUGAUAUCGAAACUAUGGAGUUUAAGUUGAAGCAAAUUCAAUCCUUCUGCGAGGAAAUAAAUCAAACAAAACCUACAAUAGAAAGACUUCAAACAUCUACAAAUAGACUACUUGAAAAUUCUGAACCAAAAUUCGCGAGCGUGUUAAACAAUAAAUUGGAAGUUGUAUCGUAUAAGUGGAAUGCUAUUGUCGAUGGUGCUAAAAGUUUAAAUGACAAGUACGAGGAUACUUUGAAAAGAAAUGAUGAAAUCAUAAAUGGAAUAGAAGAUUUUACAAAAUGGUUAUCAGCUUUAGAAAAAGAAAUACCAGUUGAAACGAAAAUAACGUCAUCUGUUGAAUUAUUUCAAGUUCGUGGUCGAUAUCAAUCGUUGAAAGAAAAAAUAGAUAAACGAGUGGAAGAAUUUCGAAACCUUAAUGAAAUGGGGAAUGAUAAAUUGUUAAGUUCCGAAGGAUCUUCCGUGCAAGAGCUUGGCAGACGGUUUACGUUCUUGAAUGCUCGAUGGACAGACGUGACAGAUCGCAUUUAUGAACGAUAUAGACAUUUACAAAAUGCUAGUCACGAGUACGGUGAAUUUCGUGCUUUGGUUGCACAAGAAAGUGAUUGGUUGGAUAAAUUAGAUAAGAGAUUGAAGAAAUCAACAGAAACUGCUGCAGACGCUGAAGAAAUAUCGGAAGAACUUGAUGAUUUGGAGAAUUAUAUACGGAAUCAUCCAGAAUUAAGACUUGAAAAAAUUCAAGAAAUUGGGAAACAGUUAGUUGAAAGUAAUAUUAUGACACAGUCCAUUCAAGCAGAUGUGGAGAGUUUAACAAGUCGUUGGGAAACCCUAAGUAAUCAGGCAGGGCAGCGAGCAAAGCUGCUGGAAGGAUCGGUGAAGCAAGCGCAACAGUCAGAAGGACGUAUUCUCGCUCUUCAACACUCCUUAAUGCAAAUAGAUUCUGUACUAACUGCACGUCUUGACAGCGACCUUACUGCUGAUGAUUUGCCUCAUGAUUAUCAGAAAUUAAUGGAAGAAAUGGAACAUCAACGUGCAACACUUCAUGAAAUGGCAUUACAAAUUGAAUCAUAUAAAGCUUCUGGAAAACAAGAAGCAGCACUCAGGUUACAAGAGCAAUUGACUCUUAUUGAACAAAAGUUUUCUGACGUUCAAAAGAAAUUUCAGCGUUUCCGAUGUCCGACAAAUUUAGAACCUAGACUAUCUAGAGCUUUACGCGAACUUAGAGGGAUAGAAGAAGCAACUUGCUUAUUAGAAUUAUCAUCAGAAGAUCCAGAGGUUAUUGAAGGACAACUUAAACACUGUUUGCGUUUUUAUCAAACAUUAAGUGAAAUUAAGAGCGAGAUAGAAAAUAUUAUAGUAACUGGUAGAAAAUUAGUUGAAGAAAACACUGUUGGUGAACCAGAUAAAUUUUCAAGACGAAUUGAUAUGUUAAAAGAAUUGUACAAUAAGCUUGGACUACAUAUAACUAAAUCGAAAUCAUGCUUGGAGACAGCCUUGGAUUUAUCACGUGAUAUGUAUAAAAACAUGUCUUAUAUUAACAUGUCUAUAGACAGUAUUAAUAAAGAAUUAGAUACGCAGAAAAAUAUGCCUGAUCUUCCUGUUAACGCGAUAUAUGUACGAGAAACUUUAACAGAAGUAGUACCACGCUUAAACGUUCAGAAAGAUAAGUUAUUACAUUCUCAAGAACAAUUUUCUAAACUUUGUGAUCCAAUGUAUUUAGAGCAACUUAAAGAUAAGUUGUCCGAUGUUGUUAUCCGAUUAGUAAAUACUGAAAAGAGAUUAAGACUUUGCAAUGCUUCAGAGGAAGAACCUAAUGUUGAUGAAAUAAAUGCAUGGCUUUUACAAAUCGAAGAAAAACUGAAUAAAUUAGAUGGCGUUCCGGUUGAUCAGUUGACGGAAAAUCAUUUUGAACAAUGCAAAGCCGUUCAAAGUGAAAUGAUUGCAGCAAAACCAACAGUCAAUGAAUUGCAACGUUACACCUAUUACCCGAAAGUAGCGGACGUCUAUAAGAAAUGGGAAGACAUGUCCAAUAGAAUACAGGAAUGGAUCCACAAAAUCACAGACAGUUUAUUAAUAAAAAGUAAGGUGGGAGAAACUAAGGGGAGAGACAAUUAUGGACGCACUAAAUUGUCUAGACAGCCGGAUCAAACUUCGGUGCAACUAGCUAAAAAAGAAAAUAAAUUAAUAGAUGAGAAUGAGGAAAUAUAUGGUAUAGGAUAUCUUAAUCCUGCGUUUGAUGAAAGUCAGUGUAACGUUAUACGUACACCUGAAAGUUCACCAAUUGAUAUCGUUCAUCGAAGCCGGAAAUCUUCUGUAAAAUCUGAGAAAGUAAAGGCUAAAAUCGUAGAUGUUAGUAGAACCGUUAGACGAAAGUUAGAUAUGAGUUCUGUACCCGAUGUUGUUCAAACCUCUCAACCACAAGUCGUUCAUAUCGACGACGAUCUACCUUCUUCAUCUCCUGAUACAGACGUGUACAUGGCCGAUGAAGAAUUCUUCUUGUCCAAAAAUAGUAAAUUAUUUUCCCAAGUUUCUUCUAAUACACUAAUUACAACAGAUUCAAAACCGUUCAACAUGUAUAACACGCAGACGAAUCCCUUCUGCAUUGUAGAAGUGAAAGAAAUGGAAAUAGUAAAAUCAGUUGCAUCUCCCGAAGAUCACGUAAUAUUACCAAGUGCAAAUGUCAGUGUAGGAUUAAUGCCCCAAGUUGUUGAAAGAGUAGAGAUUAUUGAGGAUACAGAAACAGAACCGGAAUCAGUAGAUACCGAUACAGAAGAUAAAGAAUCUAGGGCAAAAAUUUGUAGUGCAAUUAGUAAUGGAAAUCAAGUUGUUACAAAAAAAAGAGAACUCAUUCCUAUUUUAAAGAAGAAAAGAGCGAUAGAGCCAUAUUCUACGAAAAGUAUUAAAAAAUUAACUCUUAAAUUAGAUGUUGAGGAUGUAUCAUCAGAUAAUCAAAUUUCAAGUAGCAAAUCGGUAAAAGAUAAUGUCUCACAAUCUGUUCCAAUGAAUUCGCAAUUAUCGAGUAAAAAAGGUUCUAUGUGGAAAGAUAAAGAUAGUAUUGCUGAAUAUCUUAUACUUGAAGAUAAUGAAACAAAUACAAAGUUAAACCCAAAAAGUACUACUACUACCGGUCCUUUCCCAUCACCAAUCACUCUAACAAAAAGGAGAAAAGAGCAUAGUAAUGAUAGAGAAUCUACAUCUACAAAAGAUACAGAUUUUCCAAUGUCACGUAAUGGUGAAAGCCAUAACGUUGACUCUGAAAAAAGUACAAAAUCGUUGAUAUUCAGACGUACCAGAAAUGUAUCAAAAGACGAUACUCUAGAGGAUUGUGAAAGCUUUUACGGGAGCGAUAAAGAAACCGAUGAUGUUUUAAUUUUUUCCGAUGAUACAGAAAUUGAUGUUGGAAGUUCCAGUUCAGAUGGAGAAGAUACAAAUUUAGGAGAACAUGUUGAGCACCUCUUGGGCAAGAUACAGGCUGAAAAGUUAUCACAGGAAAUGCAACAUAAAACAGAGGCAAAGAUCUCUAGUGAGAAGAGACUAUUUAAAGUUUCAACCAGUUUAUCCAGGACAGGUUUGGAGAAAAAUAUUUUAGAAUUUGAACAAGCUGCUCAACUGAUGUUACAUAGAAUGGAUGUCAUGUUGAUGAGCAUCAGUGGCAUCAGUAAUGAAAAAGAUCCUACUAAGCGUCUGGAGGUACUAAAGAGCGAAGUUAGUACACUUGCGCCAGAUGCAGCAGCUUUGAUUAGCAAAGGCGACGGUCUAGUCAUGACAGUGCAUACAUCUGAUCCUGUUAGAGCUGAGAAAAUAAAAAAUGAACAUCAGGAUAAGUUAAGAAGUAAAUGGCACCAAGUUAUGUCGGAAAUAGACACAAGACGCAUACAAGCGCAACGUGGAGAAGAAUUAUUGCGACAGUAUAAUAAUAUAGUAGCAGACUUUGAAGAUUGGUUUAGAGAUGUGCCAUUGAAACUUGAACAAGUAAACAAUUAUGAGGGCCAAUUAGAAUCAUUUACUGUUGAAUUUGACGCAAAGCAAGAGCAAAUUCAUAAAUUAAACGACUUGGCUAUUGAAUUGAAAAGAUUAAAUAUUGGAUAUUCCGAAACUAUACGUUAUAGCAUUAACAGUAGGUGGCAGGAAGUUAGUUCACAAUUUAAGAGAUACAGUGGUAGUAAGGAUAAGGACAAGCACGUAACAGAUAAAAAAGUUGAAGUGGAUGUGGGAGGAGUUGAUAUGCAAGAGUUUACUACAAGAGUCAAUAAGAUUAGAGAAGCUGUCGUGACUGUGACGAGAUCUUUAAAUUCAGUGCCCCUGAAUGGCGAUGAUUAUGAAAUGUUUUCGAGUCAAGAGGAAUGCCUGAAAAAAAUUAGUAAUGCAUUAAAUAUUCUUAAACCAAGCAUUGAAGAAAUUAACACUGUCUUCGAAAACGUUGCUUCUCAGUUAAGAAGGGAACAAGCUGAACAAAUCAGACGUUUGAGCGAUAAAUUACGGGACGAAUGGAUAAAUGUUAAUCAGUGUUACGUAGACAGACACAAUCGUUGGAGUAAAUGUUACGAAAAAUGGAAAGAACUUUGUAAUACAUGUCGGACUUUUUCUGAUUGGCUGGAUAAAACGGAAGAGUCAUUCAAAAAAAUAAGUUCUCUUGGUCCUUCUAAAACAUCGAAAACGAAAAUAUUUGAAUUGGAACAAGAGAUUUCUAGAAUGCAAAGGACCAUGAAUAAUAUUAACGUUACAAGUGCUAGUAUGCUAAGUCGUGCUAAAGCUGAAGAUAUGGUGGAACUAAGAGAAAUUAUCGAAACGAUAAAACGUCGUUGGCAAAAUAUCAUAGCUGAUUUAAAUACACGAAAAGAAAAGAAUUUUGCUAUGGAGAAGAAAGUGAAUAACGAAGGUAGAAUUUUAGAAAGUGCUUAUAAUAUUUUGGAACAAAUCAAUUCAUUAUUAGUGUCAGUAGCAAAUCCUUCAGAUGAAACUUCCUUAUCAAUAAGAUUGUCUUUAAUUAAGGCCAGACAAGAAGAACUUUCUUCUCGAAAAAGAGCAUUACAGAAUUUAAUAAACCAAAAUGGUAUUCUUCCAGGAGAAGAUGAAUGUAACUCGUUACUUGCUGAUAUGGACAAGGCUAAUACGAGUCUUUCCAGUCAUCGGGAAUAUGUUGAAAAUAAACUUGCGUCUCUUAAAAAAUAUAUUUGUACUUUAGAUGUUGUUAUGGCGUGGGUCAUGGAAACUCGAACGAGAAUAAAUAUAUCUCGAGAAUUACACCAACAUGAGCGGAACGAAGUUAUUAACAAUGUAAUGAUGAAAGUUGAAGAUCGAGAAAUGGAGGUGAAGGAUGUAUUAGAGAAUUACACCAAUUUGGAGAAAGAAUGCGAGUCUGCAAAACAACCUAUUUCUGUCGAACUACAAGAAAAGUUGAAAAAGUUACGAGAAGAUUGGCAAUUUGUGAAAAGUAAUGGAGAAUCACACGGUCUCAAUGUUAAAUCUGCUGCAACUGUUGGACCGACGACGCAAGGAAUCGAAGUCGAAAAGGCUGCAGGAGCUGCGCCGGGGGCAUCGGGUGCAACUGCAGGGGGCCCUCGGGGGUUGACACCUUCCCCUGGCCCCUCGACACCCUCCACCCCUAUCACUACCACUAGUCCUUCGGUUUGCACCACCUCGCCAUCGUCCUCGCCCUCGCCUUCAUCCUCGCCCUCUGCCCUCGUAGCGGGCUUUGACAAAUCGGUGCUACAGAUACGCGAUUGGUUGACAGUCGAAGAAGAGAUGCUGCGAAAACAGGCGGUGGUCGUCGGCGAUGUCGGCGAAAUUAUGGAGGCGCUUGAUAAACAAAUGGAUGUUCUACGAGAGCUGGGACAGAAAAAGCCGCAACUGGACGAGCUGGUGCACACCGCGGAAGCGCUUCGCGCGGACACGAAUAGACAGCAAGUGCACGGUAAAGUUACGAAGCUGAGGGAGCACUGGGACGAGAUGAACUCGAAAAUGAUGCAGAGGAAGACGGAGUUGGACGCGAUGCUCGGGGACAGCCAGCGAUACGAGGCCAAGAGGAACGAGGUAGAGGUCUGGUUGGCGCGAAUGGAAACUCGGCUGGAGAAAAUGCGGGCCGUCGGGCACACCGCCGACGUUCUCGAGGCACAGCUACGCGAACAAAAGUCGUUCCACGCCGAGCUCCAUCAGUACAAGCAUCAGAUCGAGCAGUUCAAUCAGCUCACGCAGAAGCUGAUCGCCGUUUAUCAGGAGGACGACACGACCCGCGUGAAAAAAAUGACCGAGACCAUCAAUCAGAGAUACAACAAUCUGAACACCAGUAUCAUCAAUCGAGGAAAACUGCUGCACUCCGCGAUGAACUCCCUCCACAACUUCGACCGGUCCCUGGACAAGUUCUUGGCUUGGUUGAGCGAAGCUGAGUCCUCGAUGGAGGGAUUGGAAGCGGAGGCCGAUCGACUAGGCGGACGACGGGACCAGGGUGCGCUCAGACGACCGCAACAUCAGCUUAAGGACCUGCAGUCGGAAAUCGAGACCCAUCGAGACGUUUACGCGUCCCUGAACGGCACUGGCCGGAAGCUGUUGAGCUCUCUGGCGAGUCAGGAUGACGCGGUUAUGCUACAGCGACGACUGGACGAGAUGAACCAGCGAUGGCAUCAUUUGAAGGCGAAGAGUAUGGCGAUAAGAAAUCGAUUGGAGAGCAACACCGAACACUGGAACGCUCUUUUGCUGUCUCUGCGCGAGCUCAUAGAAUGGGUGAUCAGAAAAGACACGGAACUGACUGGUCUGGGGCCUGUUUGCGGGGAUGUGGCCACUUUGCAGAAGCAAGAGGACGAUCAUCGCGGCUUCAGGAGGCAGCUGGAGGACAAACGACCGAUCGUCGAGAACAACCUGCUGAGCGGACGACAGUACAUCGCCAAUGAACCACCGCUGUCGGACACGUCGGAUUCUGAAGCCGGAAGAGAAUUGGAUGGUGAUUCGAGGGGCUACAGAAGCGCGGAGGAGCAGGCACGCGAAUUGACGCGCAGCAUUCGCCGGGAAGUGAACAAACUUUCGGAGCAGUGGAACGCCCUAAUCGAACGUAGCGAUGCGUGGAAGCGGAAACUCGACGACACCGCUAACAAAAUAUGUGUCUUCCAAAAGACGCUGGAGGAUCUGUCGUCGCGGAUGGCCGGCGCCGAGGCGAUCCAGAGCGGCUGGCAGAAUCCGAGCGACACGAGCGAGGCGGCGGAAUUGCUGAAGCAACUGGAGAAAUUCGGCGAAAGACUCCUGCCCAUACAGAGGAGCAUCGAGUACGCGAACGAUCAGGCGAGCGUGUUCGCGUCGAGCAGCGUCAUCGUUUCUCAUGCUUUGCGGGCGAAACUCGAAGAUCUCAACACCAGGUGGAAGGUGCUGCAAGUGGCGGUUGACGAGCGUUACAAGUUGCUAAGCGGAUUUGGAAAGGAUGGCAGCACUCCGAGUAGCCAGGCUUUCCUCGAGAGCAGCGUGGAACCACCAUGGGAGAGAGCCCUCACACCCGCCAAAGUGCCUUACUAUAUCAACCAUCAGUCGGAGACCACCCAUUGGGAUCAUCCGAAAAUGAUAGAGCUGAUGUCCUCUCUGGCGGACCUGAACGAAGUACGAUUUUCCGCGUACAGAACAGCGAUGAAGCUGCGCACCGUUCAGAAACGAUUGUGCCUGGACGUGUUGAGUCUUUCCACCGCAUUAGAGCAGUUCGAUUCGCACGGGCUACGGGCGCAAAACGACAAACUAAUCGACAUUCCCGACAUGGUGACAGUCCUGACGUCCCUGUACGAAGUGAUAACGGGGGACAAUCCGACGCAGGUGUCCGUCCCGUUGUGCAUCGAUUUGGCCAUCAACUGGCUCCUCAACGUGUACGAUAGCCAACGAACCGGUCAGAUUCGCGUGCUCUCCUUCAAGGUUGGUCUGGUCCUGUUGUGCAAGGGUCAUUUGGAAGAGAAAUAUCGAUAUCUAUUCCGGCUGAUCGCGGAUCCAAACAGGCUGGUGGAUCAACGAAAGCUCGGUUUAUUGUUGCACGACUGCAUCCAAGUGCCGAGGCAGUUGGGAGAAGUGGCGGCUUUCGGCGGGUCGAACAUCGAGCCGAGUGUCCGCAGCUGCUUCGAGAAGGCUGGAAAGGACAAAAAUGAGAUAGAGGCGGUGCACUUUUUGAGCUGGCUACAACAAGAGCCGCAGAGCAUGGUCUGGCUGCCUGUGCUUCAUAGACUCUCCGCCGCGGAGACCGCUAAGCAUCAAGCGAAGUGUAACAUAUGCAAGGAGUAUCCCAUCACUGGAUUUAGGUAUCGUUGCUUGAAAUGCUUCAACUUCGACAUGUGCCAGAACUGCUUCUUCUCUGGCCGUAAGGCGAAGAACCACAAGUUGACGCAUCCGAUGCAGGAGUAUUGCACAGCGACCACAUCUGGCGAAGACGUGCGCGACUUCACGAGAGCGCUACGGAAUAAAUUCAAGUCGAAGAGAUACUUCAAGAAGCACCCAAGGGUCGGUUAUCUGCCUGUGCAGACCGUUUUGGAAGGGGACGCGUUGGAGAGCCCUGCGCCGUCGCCGCAGCACAGCUCCCUCAGCCAGGACAUGCACUCCCGUUUGGAGAUGUACGCGUCCCGGCUGGCGGAAGUCGAGCUGUCGCGUACAAGAAGCAACUCGACGCCGGACAGCGACGACGAGCAUCAGCUGAUCGCCCAUUAUUGUCAGAGUUUGAACGGUGGGGACAACGUGAACGUGCCGAGAAGUCCGGUGCAGGUGAUGGCUGCGAUCGACGCCGAACAGAGGGAGGAGCUCGAGGCGAUGAUACGCGAGCUGGAAGAGGAGAACGCGACGCUGCAAGCGGAGUACGAACGAUUGCGCUCGAAACAGACGCCUGGUUCGACGCCGGAAGACGGCCACGGCAACAGACAGCCUGACUGCGACAUGAUCGCCGAGGCGAAAUUGUUGAGACAGCACAAGGGUAGAUUAGAAGCGCGUAUGCAGAUACUGGAGGAUCAUAAUCGUCAGCUGGAGGCGCAGCUGCAGAGACUCAGACAACUUUUGGACGAGGUGCGCUCGAGUUUUGUUACUUUUGCAACGAUUCUACAAGCUCCAAACGCUUCCUCGCCAUCGAAAACAGGGACGCUGCAGACGCGAAGCGUGACUGCAUCUCAGCUGGCGACCGAUUCGCCUGCUAAAAUGAACGGGCACUAUCACGAUUCUCCAGGUGGUGGAGGCUCGAACGAGGGAAGAGUGAGCAGUUUAGAGAGGCCACCACCGCCACCGCAUUCUCACAGCGUUGCCCACAACGUGGGCAAUCUCUUGCACAUGGCAGGAGACUUAGGGAAAGCAGUCGGUGAACUGGUGACAGUGAUGACCAGCGAGGACUCGUCAAAAACGAACGGACAGAGGGCACCACCGCCGGCAUUCAAAUAACGACUAUUAUCGCGACACUGUUUCACAACACUGUCUUGCGUUUCAACGAUAUCGACGGACACGUCACGACGAAGAAAACGAAAUCGAUUCGAUCGAUACCGCACAUAUACAUAAAAAUCACUACGCGAUCCACGAACCUUCGAACGUUUCAAAUCAAUGACCAAUAAGAAGUCUGGCUCUAAACGCAUAUCAAAGAAGACGGUGUAUCACGCGCGCGCGCAAAAGAAGAAGAAAAAAAGAAUAAAAUGCAGGGUCAGGGGCGUCGCCAUAGUGGUUUUGGGUAUUUUAUAAGUUUUGAUAUACACCGUUGUAUAGCUAAAUUAUAUGGAAUAAGAUGAUUAUGGUUUUUGGCUUUGGCGGGCCCCUGAGUGUAACUUUACUACAUAUUGACACGUCAUAUCAUUGAAAGAAAAGUAACAUAAUCGUGCGAGAAGAAGAAGAAGAAAACGAAGGGGGGGAAAAAAAGAAACGAAUCAGUUUGUUGUAUGCUUGCUAGUUUGAAGAGAGGAAGAAGAUAAACAAAUACGGGAAAAAAAGUUGAAACGAAGAGGAAGUUGACGACGAUGAAAUGUAAUGGUUAUAAGAGAAUUACACGAAAGGAAAUAUCAUUAACAAUGCAUGCAAAAGCAAUGUAUCAAAUCACGUACUCUAUUCUAGAUCGUAGGUUAUAUUUACAUACCCAUUCUGUUCACUGCCACGGGCUCUUCCUCGACAUUAAAUAACAUACACGAUGUACAUGUUAUAUGAUGUGAUUCUAGACGACACGUUGAAAAGCAAAAACGAAAAGAAAUGGGGAAUCUUAGAUGGAUGAUGAAGAAAUAUAAUAGAAUGAAGUGACGAGAAGUGAGGAAGGUACGAAAGGGAAAUUCAUAUACCUGGCAUCAUUCCGUAUUUCCAUAAAUCCGGAAUUUUGCAUCGACACACGUUGACACACACGAA